GUAGUUUUAAUUUAAUAUGUUGAAGUAGGGCCAGUCACACAAUAUUAAAUUGUCCAUAGUAGAUAGAGUGUAUAUACCUGAGUCAGAUGUUAUGAGAACUAUUUUUACAUUUAUAUAGUAAUUACCUCAUGUUUCUAUAAAUUGGUUAAUUUGCUAUCAGUCAAUGAUGGUUUUAAAAGCAGUGUGUGUGUGUGUGUGUGUGUGUGUGUGUGUGUGUGUGUGUGUGUGUUGAGUGCCUGCUCUGUUUCACCACUCUUGGUAGAUUUUUUUUUCUUUUUUUACCAGAACACUGCUCAACUCUGGUUUAUGAACUUGGAACUUUAGAGUCUCAGGCAUGAAAGUCUCUUUGCAUAAGCAGUAUGCUAUCUACCCCCAUGAUUUUUUUUCUAUUUUAAUUUCAGAGCUAGAAGGAGAAAGAGUCAGAGGAGAGAGACACAGACAAGAGAGACUCUGUGAAACAUCUUCUGUUGUCAUUCAUGGUGUUUCUGUGUGGUUCUGGGGCUCAAUCCUGGGUCCUCACACAUGGUCAAAUGUACACUCUGUUGGAUCUUUGGGUUAGAAGUUGAGACUUCCACUAUUGAGAGACAGCGGAAAGAGCUGCAGCUGCUCAUCUGUGAGUUAAAAGAUCGAGACAAAGAGCUCAAUGAUAUGGUUGCAGUACAUCAAAGACAACUUCUUUCAUGGGAAGAGGAUCGGCAGAAAGUGCUGACUUUGGAAGAACGUUGCAGCAAAUUAGAAGGUGAACUGCACAAAAGAACUGAAAUAAUCAGGUCACUCACAAAGAAGGUAAAAGUCCUUGAAUCUAACCAAAUUGAAUGCCAAACAACUCUUCAGAAGACUCAACUACAGCUUCAGGAAAUGGUUCAGAAAGCAACCCAUGCUUCUCUUCUCUCUGAAGACCUUGAGGCUAGAAAUGAAAAUCUCAGUAACACAUUAGUGGAACUUUCUGCUCAAGUUGGACAAUUACAAGCUCGAGAACAAGCUCUCACAACAAUGAUAAAACUAAAGGACAAAGAUAUUAUUGAGGCAGUCAAUCACAUUUCAGACUGUUCAGGUAAAUUUAAAUUGUUAGAGCAUGCCUUGCGCGAUGCUAAGAUGGUGGAGACUUGUAUUGUGAAAGAAAAGCAGGAUUACAAGCAGAAAUUGAAGGCACUUAAAGUUGAAGUCAAUAAACUAAAAGAGGAUCUAAAUGAAAAAACAACAGAAAAUAAUGAACAACGAGAAGAGAUUAUUCGCCUCAAGCAAGAGAAAAGUUGCCUGCAGGAUGAACUGAUUUUUACUGCAGAGAGAGAAAAAAGGAAAGAUGAGUUACUUGAUAUCGCAAAGUCAAAACAAGAACGCACCAACGCAGAACUGCAUAAUCUGAGACAGAUUUACGUGAAGCAACAGAGUGAUCUGCAGUUUCUUAAUUUCAAUGUAGAAAAUUCUCAAGAAUUAAUACAUAUAUAUGACUCAAAGAUGGAGAGAACAAAGGCUUUGGAUUCCAGCAGAGACAUGUGUUUAUCAGACCUUGAAUCUAUACACCCAAAAACUGAUGUUAAGAGAGAGAAAAAUCAGAAGUCACCAGUAAAGGAACAAAAAUUUGAGACUUUGUUGGUUCAGCAAAAUCAGUCAGACAAGAGCUCUUGUGAUAUAUGCAAAGAGAAGAAACUGCAGGUUAAUACUUCACUUGAGGAAAACAGUGUAAUUGCUUUGUCAUCUCUGUUUACAAAAGACUCAUCGGAGAAGUGCAGGUCUUGGUCUCUGGGAGGAAAACUCCAGAUUGAACCGGAAAACAAAGGGACAUUACGUAAGAUCCAUGAAAAAUCCUUAAAAGGUCAUGGAAUUGAGACUCAGAAUAGGGAGAAACAAAUCUCAGAAACAUCUUCAUCUGAUGAAAAGCAGUGGCACGAUAUCAGUGUUUACCUGGGCCUGGCCAACUGCUCAGGUUCAAAACAACCAGAAAAGCUGGAUGUCGAAUGUCAAGAUCACGUGGCCAAGUCUGGUGUCUUGGGUUGCCAUAAAAAUGAAGGCUGUGUGGGUGAAAGUAACACGUGUGAAGCCAAGUGUUGUCACCCAAGCAACUUUGUAAUUGAAGCCCCAGGUCACAUGUCUGACAUGGAGUGGAUGAGUAUUUUCAAGCCUUCUAAAGUGCAAAGAAUUGUUCGCCACAAAUCUGUGUGCACUUGUUCAGGAAGUGCCAGUGGAACAAAAUAUAACUCCUCGACAAGUGAGGUCAUAGCCAUCCAGCAUACCCACUGUCUGGGCUCUUCAAAAUCAGCCUCAAGAGAGGAUGAGAAGUUCACAGAGACCGAGUCCUCUUCUGAUAAAAACAACUCAACUAAGAUUUUGUUAGUCAACCAAGAUUCAUCACUGCCCACUGAAAAGGAUGAUUUUUCUCCCACAAGUAAACUUCAGCGUUUGCUGGCAGAAUCUCGUCAGAUGGUGACGGAUCUGGCGCUGAGUACUCUGCUCCCCAUCAGCUCUGAGAGCCUCAACAGCAGUGGCCUAAAUAUCUCUGAAGUAUCAGAAGACUCAGCUCAAAAAAAUACCUUUCUCAGUAAUUGAAGAAAACAAAUGUCAGCUUCAAUACUCACUGUGAUCAUGGAAGCCGAUUUUUUUUAAAUCUAUGUGGAAAGCAGGGAGUAAACAUCAAUAUCUGAUACUUAACCUUGAAAACAAAGAGGACUGUAAUCUUUUGUAUGGAAUAUUUAACACCAAAGGGAGCAGAAACUGAAAGUUAAUUCUCAAACAUCUCUAUUUCGUGUGUUUUCAAGUUAACUAUUUUCAUGUGCAAGAAUUAUUUUUGUGUGUGAAAUCAGACCUCAUUUUGUAUAUCACAGAAAUACAAACUUGCAAUUAUGCUAAGCAAAAAGACUUUAUUUUUGCUGAAUAUGGUUAAAUUCUAAAGAAGAUAUUUUUUGAAAGUAGAAACAUCAAAUAGAGAAUCCCUGCAUAUAACAUAUACAGCUAUCUGAUUUUUUUUGUAAACCUGUGCAUACAUCUAAAUUAUAACCAAUAGUUUAUGAGAAUCCGCUCCAAGUAUAUGAGAAACAGCAAUAUCUUCUCUGUGGUUUUAGCUCUGAACUUUGUUGUGUAAAACAGACAUAAGAUGAUAUGAUCAAAACUUAUUUUUGACUGGAAACAUCUCUAACUUACUGGCAACUGAGGUCCUUCUGUCCCAAAGCUGAACAGAGCCCUGUCUUUGUUGGAUCUAUAAUCAUCCCAUCUAUGUAUACAAGCUUGAUGGAAAAUCAGGUUUUAGAUGUAUUUUUUUAUCAUUAAAGACUAAAACAUUUUUGUUUGGA